GUAACCUCUAAUUAUGGUGCUGUUUAAAUACACACCGGUCCUAUCACUGAACAUUCCCUCCGCAGCAUGUGUUGCUGUGUGUUUGAAAGCGCCUCAGUAAUCCUGGAUCAGAGAGUACAAAGGGCCCCAGAGUGCUGGUGAUGUAAGCACAGUGUCCAGUGCUUACCCCAUUGCUCUACACUUGUCCACAUGCUGCCAGUGAGUGGGGCGUGAGUAAGUUGGGACAGAGCGGACCAUCCCUGUCGCGACUGACCCUGAAGACCAAAGACUGACACACAAACAGGGUGAUACUGGCAGGCCGAUGGCAGCCUAUCUGCUCUUUCUCAUGAGCCAGCUGCUGAUGACCUGGGACACAGUGGGAAGGAGAAAGUGUUGACCUGAAAGUUGAAGAAUGUAGCUAAGCUGUGGGGAGUGGUGGAUCAGCUCAGUGUGACCAGGCAAUCAGACAGACGGACUUUUGCUGGCUUGUUACUACAUUUACUGUGUGCCCUAUCCGCUGAAGGCCACGUAGUCUCAGGUCUCCAUGGACUUGCUGCAGGACUCCAGUCACACCAUGUGGGGUCUGAAUGCCCGUCUAAAGGGCUUCCUGGAGCAGGUGAACAGGCUGCAGGACACCAACCGGAGGCUUGAGGAACAAAUAACCGACUGGGGUGUCAGAAAUGACUCACGCUCUCGGGACUGGUCCCUGCAGGAGCAGACUGUCAAGGAGCUCCGUGCACAGGUUGGUAGACUGCUGAUGGACAACGCCCAGCUGGCAUUACAGUCUGACACCAUGAAGUCCAGAGCUGCUGCUGUCCAGGCCAGGUGUGAGAUGGAAGAGACGAGCACCCUGCAUUUGGAGCAGCAGGUGGCUCUGCUCAGAGAAUCAAAGAGGAAGGCGGAUCAGAGCAGCGUGACGCUGCAGGCGGACCUUCGACACUCCAUGAUGGAGCUGCAGGAGCUGCACCAGGAGUUUGAGGCAGCCCGGGCUCUACAGCUGCAGCGGGCCGGGUCCUGCGAUGCUCUUUUAGAGACAGACACAGCAGCAGCAGCAGUAGCAGCAGCAGCAGGAGGAGGAGGGGAGAAGGAGGAUGGCACAGGGAUGGAGCUCACUCAGCUCCUCGACAGAAUCAGAGCGCAGUGCGACCAGAGCAGACUCCCCAGCCUGGGAGAGAGACACCUCAACCUGGGCUCCGUUUCACAUCCAGUCUCUGGCUCUGUUGGGCCUAGCAGCUCUGGAGCAGCAGCAGGAGCAGCAUCCAGAACACACGGAGGAGCUCUCACUGAGGAGGAGGCAGCAUGGGCGCAGGUGAACCUUGGCAGCGCUGCCCUGAGGGAAGCCCGGGCCGAGCUCGCCGAGGCCAGGAGGCAGUGGCACUCCCUGCAGGUGGAGAUAGAAACCCUGCAUGCCCUGGAGAAAGGCCUGGAGAACUCCCUGCAGAACACCCAGCAGAUGUACUCGAGCCAGCUGCAGGACCUUUCCCAGGUGAUCACUGGGCUGGAGAGCGAGUUGGAGCAGGUGAGGAACGGAUUGGCCACCCAGCGCCAGCGGCACAGCCAGCUCCUCAACACCAAAAUGAGAUUGGAGCAAGAGAUUGCCACUUAUCGUCGUCUGCUGGAUCGCGAAGAGGGCAGGUACAUGGGACAUAAUGUACGACCAAUGAGUCUGCAGCCCUGGAGAUCAGCUGUGGAGGACCAGAAGGAGAGCUGUCUGGAGAACGGCUUUAGUGACCCCGCUGUUACUCCGGACGAACCAAAGUCUGAGCCACUACCUGUAAUACCAUCACUUCUCCCAGCAGACAACGAGAUGAAGAAAAGCAUACUGCACAGACAGCAAAGCCUUGUGAUACUCACAGAGCCAGAGCAGGAUAAAGACUUGCCAAUCUCCACUGUGAAGACUCAGGAGAUUCUUCAGGGCAACGUGGUGCGAGAGAGUGCAGAGGGUCACGGUACCAUCGAGACGGAGAAUAUCGAUAAGGUGAUUAAGCAGUGGGAAGGCUCUUUCUUCAGAGGGAACCCCAAGCUGCGGAAGAAGUCUGUAUCUCUGCGCUUCGACCUUCACAUGGCCGCAGCAGACGAGGGGUGUGCCCAGACAAAACAGGACAGCCUCCCCGACGUGGAAGUGCGUCUCAUCAUGAAGCGAUCUCGCAGCAUCCCCUCUAUCACACCGUAAACCCUGUCCCCGGGGUCGCACCAGACAAACUACCAGUGUGCAGCUCUUUCUGGUAACACUGGUGAUGUUGGAGCUACACUGACAGCUGAGAUAUAACCAUCCAUCUAUAUUGAUACACUUAAUAUGAAUUCCCAAUGACAGCAUUCAUUGAACUUUGCGUAACAAAUGAUGAAUUGUGAGAAUGAGAAUGAGAUUUUUAUCCUUAAACCUUGGCAGGAUGUUCGUCAUCUAGCAAGCUUUAGCUGAUCUAAUGGGGCCAUUUUCAGAGUGCCAAAUAAACGCAUCAAAUAUAACAACAAAUGAAUAUGUUAACAGCCUCAUCAUCAUUCUAGAUACAGGAAGUGUCUCUCAAUAAUGUUUUUAUUUGGAAAACAACAUGCUUAACUACAGCAGUUCUUCAAAACAUUGGGAACAAAUACUAAAGAGACUGUACACAUAUUGAUGGGCUCUUUGGGUUUAGAAAUGGAUGGGGGGGAGGGGUGGAAUUUUUUCAUCUCUUCAGUUUGCCUUUUGCUAAUUUUGCUAUAGGAUAGCAGCUCACACCUACCCUAUUAUUCUAUAUCGCAAUAGAAAUCAGAACUAUAGAAAAGAAAAGCAUGAAAUAUAAUCUUGAAAUCAAAGAGUGGCAGGAAUAUAGUCAGUCCAAACAAACAGUCUUUCAUUAUUUUUCUACACUGAAAAAAAAAACAAUUUAAUUUCUAUCUUGUGAUUUUGUAUCUAUGAAGCUUUAUUUAUUUAUUUUCAUUAUACCAUGGUAUACCACGAUUCUGAUUGGCUGCCAAUGUGUUUUAACUCUUAUAAUCAUCACCGACAAACUAAGUUACCUUAAAAAUGUAAGCAAAUUGAUUUAAAUAAAUGCGCUGGCAUUGUAACUGUAGUUGUAUCAUAAGCUGCAGCCAAUAGUACAUACGGCCAAAAUUUGCUCAAAAAAAUAUAUUUAGAGAUAUUUGGGAUCAGAGACAUGAUUGGAUAGCUAAAUGUUGUGAAACAUGUUGUCAUAUUAUAUUUACUGUUUUUGAAUCAUAUACAAGGUUACUGGCUUUGAAUCUCUUGCUAGCAUUAACAUUCGCUCUCGGGCUCAUAGCUUAAUGGUUUUAUGAGCUAAACAAUAAUAUCUUCACUUGCCAAAUGGUAUUUCAAAUGUAUUUUUGUUCACAGAAGUUAAGAACAAUGUUCCUAGUUGCAUUAGAACCUUGUGGAAUUUUAACGACUCGUCAGGUAUUUGUCCAACCCUCAGGCGUUUCCAGAUUAUCAGCGCUAUGGCUUUAAAAAAAACUUUCCAUGACCUUAAUUUAUAGUAAGUGACCAAGUUGAAAUUGGUAUGAUGCCCUGGAGGUGCCUUUAAUCUGGAAUUAAUGAGCUCCAAACUGUUCUGCCCUGCAUGUCAUCAGGUAAUUACUGAUAAUGGGCACCUUGAGGGGAUUAACCAUUCGUUGAUAUAUUCAAGUUAAAAUUGAAGCACAUCGCCUUGAAUUAUUUUAGAGCCAUAAAUGGAAAAUUAAUUGAAACCAAAUAAUAGUGUUGUAUUACUGUAUGUUUUUUUUUUUUUUUUUACCAGAUUGUUGUAGAUUUUCUCUUGGUCAACGGCCAUCAUAAACAUUAAUGUAGGCAGAGUGAACAUAUUUAAAAGUUUAAAGUUCUCAAAAGCUUGCACUGUAGACACGUACAGCACUUAGAAGAACAUCAGCACUGAGAGAUUUCCAAAAAUGUGUGCACUUUGUCAUUGCACUUCAUCGUCUAUACUGUAAAAAAAAAAAUCAUUUCAAACUGAUACCGGCUCCGUUUCACAAUUAUCUUAAAAAAAGUGCUGCUCACUGUGAUCUUUACAGCAGUGAGGCUCUUCACACUCACUGUGUGUGUCUCAGAGAAUUUAAAUUCCCUGUCUUAACCAGAGGAGGGCAGUAUGUGUAAAUAGUUAACAUUGCAGUGUGGCGUCAAUGCUCAACACAUGCUAUCUGUUACACCUUAGAUAAGGAGUUUUUAUGCUAUUCAGUUUUGAGUUGGCACCAAAGAUAUUAAGCCUGACAAAAGGACCAAUGUGCAUUGCAUUUGGGUGCCUCAGAAUAAGUUGUAUUUAUAUUUGAAGAUAUUAUCUAUGCAGUUCUGUGCUUGGUUUUUGCUUUGCUUCAUGAAGCACACUCUUUUUUUGGGAGCUCUGUAACUUAAGAAUGAAGCAUUAUGCUUUUAUCUUUAUUUCAAAUAAAGAAAGAAAUAUGUGCAGAUUA